AUGUACAUCACGCAACAUGGUGGCCCUUUCUUGGCGUGUCUCAUCUAUGGGUGCUCCAGCGGGCUGACGUUCAUGUUCGUCCGGAGCUUGAAGGAUGCCAUUUACGGACAAGUGUGGGACGCGAUAGAGGUGAGGCUGCACAGCGGGGGCGGCGUAGACUUUUAUACACCGGUUCUCGACGAGAGAGGCGUGCCGCGCCGGUUUGCCGUGAAAAGGAUGCCCAAGGAAACUAUUGCCAGAUUGCUGCCGACCAUGCAGGAGAACCCGAUGAGAGAAGCGGCCUUUUUGACCUUGGUGCAAGAUCCAGGACACCCUAACGUGGUCGGCCUGGCGGCGGCUCUACAAGACGAUACGACCGUGUACUUGGUGACGCCUUUCGUUGGUGGAGUGGGGAGCGGAGAGAUGUUCGACUGGGUCGCGGAUAACUACCAGAACCCGGCACCGGAGGCAACUAUCAUGCCGCUUUUGUACCAAAUCGUCGAUGGCACGAGGUACGUGCACUCGAAGGGGAUCUGCCACGCGGACAUGUCGCUCGAGAACACCUUGGUCAACUCGGCGCACACCGAGGCUUUCAUGAUCGACUUCGGCAUGGCCCUCCAGAUGCCGACCGACGAGGCUGGACAACGGUUCAUGUCCGUGCCGGAUCGCCGAAGGGCCAAGAGAUCCUACUGCCCGCCCGAGACCUACAAAGGCCGACAGCCCUACGACGGGGUCAAGGUGGAUAUGUUCUCCGUCGGCUGCAUGGGGUUCAUGUUGUUCACGGGCAUCCCUCCCUUCGACUACGCCUCGCGACUGGACAGAAAGUUUCGGAAAGUGGUGUUUCAGGGGGACCUGCAGGGCUACCUUGCAGAUUAUGAGAUGCCCCUCCUACCAGACCCGGUGUUUCAAUUACUGCGGAGGAUGAUGUCCUACCAGCCGGAGAACAGGCCGUUGCCCGUGGAGGUCCUGGAGGACCCCUGGUUCGCUCCCUUGGGGUACGCACAGCAACCCCAGGCGGCGGCACCAGCCAUGAACGCAUGACAAUCAGUCGCGGCAAGGCUUUGGAGGAGGUGGUUCGGAGGCCGGGACGGCGGGGGCAGGGGGCCGUAGGCCGCCACCGCCGCGACAAAAAAUUCGGUGCAGGCCAACGAAUCGGGUUUUGGCGGCGUGUGAAGUGUGAUUGGAAUGCCAAGCCGUCGCCCAUCAUGUGUAGAGAGUUGGGCGCGGUGUUGCUCAUUGUUCGGAAUGACCGACUUGCGCUGAAUUGGCGUGCCUGCUGAGCGCGUGUUUGUGGGUGUUGAGGCACCGCUGGCUGGCUGUGGGUCCGCCCUUGCACGAUCGAUCCUAGCCCCAGGCGUGCAUGCCUUCAGUGGCGGCAGGGCGGUUCUGUGUUUUUCGUUUGACUAUUGUUAACAUUACAUCAUAUUGUUGUCGACUGUUUGCCGAGAAAGAAAGAAAACGCGCGGCGUGGCGACGACGCGACGGGCGUAAGAGGACACCCGCCUGACCCUUUCCUAUAGCUGAGUGGCGAUCAAAGUCGAGGCCCACCCGAUGGGCCUUUCAUCCCAUGUAAGGACACAAGGCACCGCUUGGCGCGCGUAGUAGAGAAUAUUCCGGGUAUCCGUUUGCGCGAGCCAUGGACUCUUGAGAGUAAAGGAGUCCCUAGGGUAACCUACGCAAAGGGGGUCCCGGAUUUCGGGCGCCCAGAACGGGGCGGUUCGCUCCGGGUUUUCCAGAUCACGCUUGCGUUUUUUUUUUCCUUUAUUUAUUUUUUUAUUUUUUUUCGUUGCUGUAGUUGCGAUGUCCACGAGGGUGGAUGUCCAGUUCUCGAGCUCCUUGUCCAGGAGAAAGCUCCUGUUGUGCUCCUCAGGCACCACCUGGUGUUUGUGUACCGUGCGUGCGGGGUUGCAGGCUGACACCGAUGUACCUCGUGUGCGCAUGUGCGGCAAAAUUCGAGGUGCAGUGCGUAGGCAAAAGCCCCACUUGAUGAACGCCGGUUAGAACGCGGUGAGUCAGUUUAAUUCUGAUCUUGGUGGCGGUGGUGUUCGAUUCAGUGAUGGGCUUUCAGCAUGUGGGGGCUCCUCUCUAAGUGGCGUGUGGUGGGCGCAUGUGGGAUACGGGUCACGUAGCCCACUCACGGCUAUCAACAGGGGCCCUGUGCAAGUCGUCGUCGUUUUUCUUUUCUGGGGGGACGCUGGAUGGUAGUGUAAAUCGGAGAGGGGGGAGGGGCGGUUCUCCGAGGUGAUUCUUGGCGCCUGGAAGGCUCGACACGAUGCUUGCGUGCUUGUAGUCGGCGUAUGGGUGCGGCAAACAAUAGGCAGGGCCACGGGUUUGCGCGUGAUCCAUACGAGUCGAUCGGUUGGUUGUCAUACCGCUCUGUCCUUGCUGUGUAUGAGGGAAAGGGUUUGAAAGAGCAGGAAUUGCGCGUGCAAUGUGUAGCUUCCUGUUUUCACGGCUGUAUUAUAGAAGGCAAAGCCUCGCUAGCGUGCAAGCUGGCUGGUGGGCAGUGGCGCGGGUUACAGUCGUUUCAUCCUACGUGGUGGAUAUGUGGGUUGGCGAUUUAUGUUCUGAAGGCCUUCCCUCUUCCGUUCCGUCUUCAUGGUAUGAUUUUUUUGUGUUCUGUAAACUUUUCGUCUAAAUUAUGAAAUGUAUUGAUUUUUUCGUUUGGCGGGUCGGUGAGUUUUUCCGCACCAGAACUCGGUCGGGCAAAGCUAGAUUAAACGCGACUGGCUGGUGUGGAAAUUGCUGCUUUAUAGCAGCAGCACCGCCUCAUGCAGCUGUGCGAUUCGUUGUAGACCGAUUGGAUUGCGUUCCUCUGUGGCUGUUGACCAACCUCGAGUGUCGAUGUAAUCUCGUUGCUGUGCACGCAUGAAUCUUGACCAAGCUACAGUACAAAGGUUUUUUAUUACCCUCUUUUGUGUUUCGGGUACUGUACGUGAAGUUGCUCUGUGGGGGGAGGAGGUUCGCCUCCGUCAUUCUCAGUUAGGUUUCGCCAUAGUCGGCUGAGGUAUUGGGGGCCUUGGGGAAGGAGGUUAGCCUCCCAUGUCCACGGUUAAGGUUUCGUCAUCAGUCGGCUUAGUACUGGAGAUUCUUUACGUUUUUAAAGCUGGUAUGCAUAUGCAAAUGGCGGUGUAGGGUGACGUAGGGUGCCGUUUGUCGAUGUGAGUGGGGCAUGAGACGUACCCGCUGUAAGUACGACGCACUUGAGAAACCCUUAUAUUUGUCCGAGACUUGUUUCUUAUGUUCUCUAUGGGGUACGGCUAUAUAUAUCUAGUAGGUGUUCGUGUUGGCUUCUUAUCGGAGCACCUGUUCUUUUGGCCAAGUUCUUGACUGAUAUUUUUAUCUUUUGUCGAGCCUGAAGUCCUUAACUCCCAGUAAUGCAUGGAUCGGGUGCUUCGCUAUCUUUGAAUGCAUUAUUGAGUCUCAAGCCUGUGUAUCCCCCAAAAUAUAUGUAAGUUGCUUUCACGUCGGGAGAAGAUCAGGGAAUCGCGAGAGGCACCGUCCAUCAGUACACAGCAGCAGUAGUGAAUGGCUUCGUAGCAACACGCGCAGAGUCUCACGCGGUGUUUUUAUUGUUUUUGUAUUCGACGAAAGAAUUUGAUUGAACCCCAACUCGGCUGGAACUUUGCGAAAUUUGUCUUGACUGAAGAGCAGGAUCAAGACGUACUGCUAGCUGCUAGGACGUUUCCCUCCGUACAUGACACUGCUGUGUACAUGUGAAAAGCUUCCCCACGGGGUACUUUGAUUCCCUGGCGGAUGAAAAAGGCGUCCACACAUCCCCUCCACGUGAUAUUAUCACAGUAUCUCGAAUGGCUAGUGUUUUCUUUGUUUGUAAGAAACCUGAUACCGAUUAAACCGGUCACAGGGUCUGCGGGUGGGUAACACGAAAUUUCCGGGUUAUUUUCUUUCCUACGGGCCCCCCUCGUAUGCGGGACCCCCUUUCUCAAGGCCCACAAGUGUGGCCGCCAACACGCCCAGGCCUCAUUUUUCAACGAAUCACUACUUUUUGUUUUGGUCAUCUGCAGAGCUGUAAGAAGACACCUAAACUGUACGACUUUCUCGCAUUACAACAUUGCAACGUGGGAGAACAGAAGAGAUAGACCACAGCAGCAGCAGUGACCCGCAAAAGGUACACACCCAUGUACGGCAUUACAGCACAGUAAAGCAUGCCUCGAGGUUGGCUUCAAACAAUAAAUAAGAUCGCAAAAAUGUUGUUUAACACCCCGGGGAUGGGACGUUUUUACCCCGGUUGGUCGUUAUUAUCACCGGUGGGUACAUCAAGUUGGGAGCGACA